AUGUUCUGGGAAUCUGCUGCUGCAUAUUCACAGAUCAACGAUAUUUUAUCACGACCGAAUCUCACAAUCAAAGAAGUUCUGGAUGAUGAUGAUGUUUUACAAAAAUGUCGUGAAAAAGAUCCACGUUUAAUUAAUUUUUUAUCAAGGUCAGAUAAUUUGGAUUAUCUAAUAGAUUUAGUUAGUCGAACACCUAAAUGUUCUAAUUUCAAUCGAGAUUUGUAUAGAUAUUCUAGUUUAGCCUGUGAAAUUCUAACAAAUGAUAUCAAUGAAAUACUAGAUGGAAUAAUUGAAUUAACCGAAUCAACAACUGAUCAACAUACCCCUAAUGAAUCACAUAAUAAUGGUAGUAAUAACAGCAAUAAUCAUAAUAAUCACAUGUUAGAAUCCAAUCAGAUAAAGUCUAUACCAAUACCAUCCUCCUUCUCUUCACCUUUACCAUCAUCUUCAAUGAUUAUCAAUGAUCAUAGUUUGACAGAGAUCAAUAAUAAUAAUAAUGAUCAAAGUUGUUAUGAUAUGUUUAUAGUUGGCAAUAAUUCAUCGGAACUACACCAAAUCGAUCAUUAUUCCAAUGUCCAUGAUGAUGAUGGUACCAAUCAUUUAUCAUCUUCGAUGUCUAUUAUCAAUGAAUCAUCAUCUAUUAUCAAUGGUCAUAAUAGUAGUCAAUUAUUUGACAACAAUAAUCAUAAUAAUUCAGUAAAUGAUUUAAAUGAAAUCUUAUCAUCUAGUUUAAAACUUUCUCCACCAAUGUCAUUGUCAACACCUCAUUCGUCUACAAUCACAAAAAUAACUAAAUCAAAUGAGGCUAUUCAAGUUGAUUCAUCAAUGACUACAUGUCGACGACGUUUAGAUUUAUUAUUGAAUUUUUUUCAUUAUUCUAAUCAACCAGUUAAUCCAUUAUCAGCUAGUUUUGUUUCACGUUUAUUAAUACAUUUAACAUUACAUCGUGGAAAUAUUAUUAUACCUUAUUUACGAUCAUCAAAUGAAUUUCUUGAUCAGUUAUUCUUAUCUUUGGAUUCUUCCUCUGUGGCCGAUUUAAUUAUACAAUUAUCUCAACAAGAAACAAAACAACAACAUAUUAUUUUUGAAUGGUUUAAGACCGAUCGACUUGUUGAACGUCUUAUUGAAAAAUUUGAUCCAAUCUAUUCGUCUGACGCACAUGAAUCGGCAGCUCAUUGUCUAAUUGAACUCAUCACUGUUCUACGCAAUUAUUUAGUGAAUAAUCCUCCAAAUUCAGAUAAUAGUGAUAUGAUAGUGAAUUCAAUGACAACUGCAACCACCACUACUAAUAAUGUUGGCGGUAGUAGUAUAUUUGGAUCACCGUUAAAUAGUACAUAUUCCAGUUUAUUUGAUAAAGAUGAAGAAACGUAUAAAGCAGCUGAAAAUUUACUAAAUGUAUUAGAAAGUGAAGAAACUAUGUCAAUGUUAUUAAAUCGUAUUACAGCUAAUGAAUAUGUCGUACCAUCUAUUUUAGUCAGUUGUGUAAAUGUAUGUAUUGCUUUAAUCGGUAAAAGGAAGCCUGAAUCAAGUUUUCCUGUUGGAGAAGAUGGACAUGGUUUAGAUUUUGAUGCAUUAAUUAAAUGUUCCGGUGAUAUUAGCAGUAAUUUGAAAUGUAUAUUACGUAAUAAUACUAAUCUGGGCAAUAAUCUCUCUUCUACUGUUGAUAAUGAUAUCAGUGAUCUUGUUGAAAAGUCUAAUCAAUUCAUUACUUCAUCAAAAGAUGAUAAUACUACUACUACUAAUAAUAAUAAUAAUAAUAAUAAUAAUAAUACCGUUAUUGAUAAAUUACAUAUAAUGAAAGCUUCAGAAAAUCUAAUCAAAACAUCUCUACCACGUUUAAAUGAAUUGCAUGAUUUGUUGAAACGAUUUCAUCCACAAUUUUAUAAUUGUAUGCCAACAACUCAUUGUACAUUAAAUCCACCACUUGGACGUUGUCGUCUAGCUAUUCUACAAUUAAUUGCUUCACUUAUAUCUUUACCUAUAAGUACUAAUUUAUCUAAAGCAAUUGUAGAUAUUGGAUUUGUAAAAACUUCAAUGGAAUUAUUCGCCUUAUAUCCAUACAAUACAUUUUUACAUCAUUAUGUUACUGAUAUUAUAAAAUCAGUGUUUAAACAUUCAGGACUUGUCAACAAUAUGAAUGGUAAUAAUAAUUCCACUAAUAUAUCUGAUGAUAAUAAAACAAAUCAUUUCAUCAAUACAACUCCUAGUACUAUUACUGUUGAACUAUCUUCUAAUCAUGACAAUAAUCAAAUCACUGAAUCUUUAUCCCCUUCAAUAUCAUCAUCAUCAUCAGCUGAUUCAUCGACGAAUACUGCUACAACUGAUUCUGAUAAUGUAGUCAAUUCAACAAAUUCAUCUAAUACUAACCAACUUAAUCCAUAUGAUAAUGGUAGUGAUAUUAAUUUAAUUCAUCAAAAUGAGAAUGAAUAUAGUAGAAAUAUAUUAAUUAGUUUAAUAAAAGAUCAUCAACUUAUUGAUUGGUGUUUAACAUUAUCCCCUUUACCAUCAUUAAAUGAACGUCCGAAUGAUGAGGAUUCACCGAACUGCUUAGUUCGAUUAUCGAAACACCCUGUAAAAUCAGGUUAUUCAGGACAUAUCUGGCAAAUUGGUAACCUAAUCGUAGCAGCAAUGAAUGGUCCGUAUGGAAAGUUUUUAAAAUCUCUCAUUCAAGAUUUACAUCCGAACACUCAAAAACUAUGGUCAGAUUUUGUCAAAGAUCUCGAUGGGAUCAACUCUGUAGAAGUUGCUGAGACAUCUCAAUCUGCCAUUGAAAAUCUUAAUCAUUCUGAUGUCCCAUUUGUUCUGGCACCUGUUACAUCAUCAAAUUUAAUGCAAAACAAAUUAUUAGAUCUAAAUGGUAAAUCAUCAUCUUAUUUCUUAGAUGAUAUUGACAAUGAUAAACAUGAUGAAUAUGGUAAAAAUAAUCAUGAAUAUCUUGCUUAUCAUCCAGUGAUACCAGCAUCUACAAUAGUUAAUCUGCAUCGACAAACUAUUUUACAGAAUUUUAUGGAUUCAUGGUUAGAUCCAGAUGAAGAAUCUGAACAUAAUGAUAAUAGUAAUAGUAUUUAUGAUCAUAAUAAUAAUAAUCAAUCUGAAGAAAAAGAUCAAGUUAAAACACCUGAUAUCCAUAUUGGGGUUCCUGGACCUUUAGGAGAAAUGUAUUUUCAUAACAAUAUUGAUAGCGAUGAUGAUUUUUUCAAUGGUCGUGAUAAUGAAGAUGAUGAAAAGGAUGAGAAUGACGAAUUGGAAGAAGGCAAAGACAAUAUUCACAGUAGAGGUUAUUUUAACAUUGAAGAGGACGACGAUGACGAUGAUGAUGAAGAAGAUCUUAAGUCACCAAUUCAAAUUAAACAACAACAUUCCAGUAAACAAUCAAUCAUUAACACUAGUAGUUCAACACCUUUGCUGCAUAAUGAUUCAAAUAAAUUAACUGGAGUAUAUUAUGUAACAACUCAUAAUAACGAAUCUUCUAUCAGCAUAAACAGUAAUGGCAAACUAUCUACAACAAUACCUCCUACGACUACCACUACUCAUACUACUACUACUACUACUACUACUACUAUUAAUAGUAGUAUAUCAGAAGAUAUCGAAAUUAAAUUAUUGAAUAAUGAUGAAGAAACAGACCAAACCAAACAUAAUACUUCAUCUGAAUCAAUUGUAACAUUAUUAAAUGCAAAUUUUUUUAAAAAACAAUUUAAAUUGUGUACAAUUAUCUAAAUUUAUUUCUAUUCAUUCUAUUUGUUCCUUGCUCUCUCUCUCUCUCUCCUUCCGUCUCGCUUUCAGUCUCUGUGUAUAUCUCUUCUUCUAUAUAUUCUUGACAGUUAAUGUUUCACAAUUCUCAAAAUGUGCACUAUUUUUUUUACUUAUUACUAUUUGAAGAGUUUUGAAAAGAAAAAGAAGAAAGAAGAAAAGAAAAGAGGACACAACAUGUACACAGUUUUUUUUUGUUUUCUUGUUCCCAAGACAGUAUAUACAUCUCAAAUGACUUAGUCACUAUCUUAUUUCCUUUGAAAUUAUAGUUGAAAUUAUCUUCGGUGAGACUAUAAUUUAUCGAUGACCUUUGAAUGAUGCUAGAAUGACUUUGAAAGUGUUCACCUACUGACUAGGAACAAAUAAGUGUGAUAAGCCAGUAUGAGGAAUUAGUAGAAUGAUGAUUUAUAGUCGAUGGGUAAUGGUUAAGAAUUAGAUAUAAGGUUUUUCAUCACAAACUGACAUCAGCUAUACAAUGCUAAGAUUCAAUGAAUUUCAUGCCAAAAUCUGAAACCUGUUAUUUUAUACCUGAUUUGUUCGUCUAUACAUUAUAGCCUCGCUUUCUAUUCACAAUGGUUCCAUCAUUUGUAGAAUCUCAGUUGUUGUUGUUGUUGUUUUCUUUGCAAUAUAUUAACUGAGAAACAUCAAUGAUAUCAAUAUUGUGUGUCUUUAAUCUAAUCCAAUUAUUAUCUCAUAUAUAAUUGUGUCAUUUUUUUCUUGUAUCAAUGAAACCUUCAUUAUAGAGUGAAUACUACUAACAAAAAUUGUGGAUAGUAGUAGUAGUAGUAUUGUAUGUUUUAUUCAAUUUGAUUCAUUUAAAUCCAUCAUGGUGACAGUCUCAUAUUCAUGUUAACACCUUAUUUUUCUCCUCUUUCAAUAGUGUGUUAAACAACAGUUUCUUUUUUCAUAUAAUGAAAACGAAUGACUUUUUUUUAAAUGUAACCAGACAUUAGCUUAAAUAAACAAACAAAUCAACAACAAAAACAAAACCUACCAAGCAUUAAGCACAUAUAGUUUCAUCCUUAUUUUAGAUCUUCCAAAACAGUAUGCGUCCUAAUCUUGAAAGAUUGUUUAUCAUAGUGUAUC